AUGUUUGAAAACCCAGAAAGGGAUGAAUUUGAUCUAGUCUAUGAUGAAUCCCAAAUGGAAUUAAAUGAUGAUAUUGAAGAAGAAACUGAAUUAUUAAUUGGUAAGAUUGGUAAGAAAAAUACUGAUAUUUUAUCUAUUUGUCCAAUAAUGAGUUUCGAUUCAGAAAAAAGCUCAAGCAUAGCUUGUACUAACAAGAGUUAUCGAAAUUUAAAGUUUAUUCAAGAGGGAAGAGUUGUCAUGAACAUUGAAGAUGCUUGGAAAAUAAUAGACCUCAUUAUAUUUGCCAAAAGUGUUACCAGAAAAUGGUGGUCAUGUGUAUAUUCAGAAGAAGCUUUAAAAAAAAUAGGCAACCAGAUCAUUGAUGUUGCAAAUUCAGAAUCUAACGCUGACAGUCCAAAAAGACAAAGAAAAAUCACUACACUUGAUGAACAUAAUAUACUUGACGCUCUUGUUGAAAAACCAACGAAAGUCAAAUUAUAG